AUGGCAUUAAACAAAUUAAGUAUCGACGCGCUCAACUUGUCUGGAAAACGUGUGUUAAUGCGAGUGGACUUCAACGUUCCGUUGAAAGAGGGCGUGAUAACAAACAAUCAACGCAUUGUUGCGGCAUUAGAUUCCGUCAAGUAUGCCCUUGACAAAGGUGCAAAGUCGGUGGUGCUCAUGUCCCAUUUGGGAAGACCAGACGGUCAAGCCAACCUGAAAUAUACACUAAAGCCAGUUGCCGAAGAAUUAAAAAAACUCUUGAAUAGAGACAUAACUUUCCUCCCAGACUGUGUAGAUGCUGAAGUUGAAGCGGCAUGUGCUGACCCUCCUGUAGGCUCUGUUAUUCUGCUGGAGAACCUGCGUUUCCAUGUCGAAGAAGAAGGCAAGGGUGUUGACGCCAGUGGCGCUAAAGUUAAGGCUGAUCCAGAAAAAGUCAAAGCCUUCAGGGCCAGUCUGAGGAAAUUGGGUGAUGUGUACAUUAAUGAUGCAUUUGGCACAGCGCACAGAGCUCACAGCUCUAUGAUGGGUGAAGGGUUUGAGCAAAGGGCCAGUGGGUUCCUGCUCAAAAAGGAACUGCAGUACUUUGCCAAAGCUCUCCAUGAACCAGAAAGGCCAUUCCUUGCUAUCCUUGGUGGAGCUAAAGUUGCAGACAAAAUCUUACUGAUUGAAAACUUGCUGGACAAGGUCAACGAGAUGAUCAUUGGUGGUGGAAUGGCUUAUACAUUCCUCAAGGAAACCAAGGGCAUGCCUAUUGGUAACUCCCUGUAUGACGCUGAAGGUGCGAAAAUUGUUGCUAAGCUGUUGGAGAAGGCUGCUAAGAACAAUGUGCAAGUCCAUCUGCCUGUCGACUUUGUUACUGCUGACAAGUUUGAUGAAAAUGCUCAGGUUGGUGCAGCCAGUGUAGAAUCGGGCAUCCCUGAUGGCUGGAUGGGCCUUGAUGUAGGACCCAAAUCGAGGGAACUGUUCGCCGAGCCUAUUGCGAGGGCAAAGGUUAUCGUUUGGAAUGGGCCCGCAGGUGUGUUCGAGUUUGAGAAGUUUGCGGGCGGCACUCGCGCGCUCAUGGACGGCGUCGUGAAAGCCACUGCAAAUGGAACAGUCACUAUUAUCGGCGGCGGCGACACGGCCACAUGCUGCGCCAAGUGGGGAACGGAAGACAAAGUGUCUCAUGUAUCCACGGGUGGCGGCGCCUCUUUAGAACUCUUGGAGGGUAAAGUCCUUCCUGGUGUGGCUGCUCUCUCCGACGCUUGAGGUUUUAAGGCUAAGAUAUAUAUUUAAUGGCUUUUUUAGAAGAAUAAUGUGAGAAUAAAUCAAGAAAAACUGAUUUAGUUUUAAGUGAAAAUGUACAACACCUUAUAUCUACGUUUAGGUAUAAAUGUUUCGUAUAGAAUUUUAUUUGAUGCAAAUAUAAUUAUGUUGAUUUA